GACAUAUUGCCCCUCCGUCCACACACUUCCGCGGCCACUGUGACGGUGUUGAUUUUAUCGUAAACUAACGCCCACACGAGAAAAGAACACUCAUACAUUCUCAAUUUUCUUUUAUUGUGCUUCUUUCUCUGUUAACUGUUAACUGUUCUGAAGUUGAGUUUUCACGUUUCCUAUCAAAAUAAAUAAUGAUGUUGGUUCAGGGACUGAAAACCAAUCCAAGGAUUCGAGUCAAGACCAAGUUUCCAAUUUGUCUUCGUGAAGAGAGAGAAAAGAAACCUUGUUUAAAGGAGUCUAUAUAAUGAAUAAAUGUCUGACUCUCUGAACGGUAAUUAAGGAUGUACGACACAAUCUUACGAGCGGGCUUAACUCUUCUUCCAUGCACGAUGAUUGGGCUCAUCCUGAUCAUCUCAUUCCUCCUGUGUAAUUGCGAAUAUAUUGGGGAAUGCAUUUCCGAACGGUUCUGCACUUGGAAGAAUCGAAGCAGGAAAUCUCGGAUCAAGUCCAAAAAACAAAGUGAUACGUCAAAAAAACGGCAUACGUCUUCCUCACAUGAGACGUUUAAGUCGUCCCCCUCCUCAAAUUUUGUACGCCUCAACGAACCUGACAUCCGAAGUGACGACCCGAUGUCAUAUUCCUCAUCAAACUCUGAAUUGGCACAAAAUCACGACGAUAACGACCCUCCACCAUCCUACGACGAGUGUAUCCGUUCAAAAAGGAAAAAGUAAAAAAAAAUCUACAAAAAUUUACAGAAAUUAAAGUAUUAUGCAAACAGGAACUUACAGAAUUUAUUUGUACAACAUAAUCAAAGUGCUGAAAUAAAUACGGUAUUUAUAAACUUGUUAGAUAAUUAAACAA